AUUUAGCUUUGGAAUCUAAUCCAUCUGAUCAUCCCAGAGCAAGCACAAUUUUUCUGAGCAAGUCUCAAACGGAUGUGCGAGAGAAGAGGAAGAGUAACCACAUCAAUCAUGUUUCUCCUGGGCAGCUUACGAAAAAAUACAGCUCGUGCUCAACAAUAUUUAUAGAUGACAGCACCGUCAGUCAACCUAACCUUAGAAGCACAAUAAAGUGUGUAACAUUAGCAAUAUUCUACCAUAUAAAGAACAGAGAUUCUGACAGAUCAUUGGAUAUUUUUGAUGAAAAAUCUCAUCCUCUCACACGGGAAGAAGUUCCGGAUGACUACUACAAGCAUGACCCUGAACACAAGCACAUCUACCGGUUUGUUCGGACGCUUUUCAGUGCUGCACAGCUAACAGCUGAAUGUGCAAUAGUGACACUGGUUUAUUUGGAAAGGCUUUUAACCUAUGCAGAGAUAGACAUAUGCCCUAGUAACUGGAAGAGGAUAGUCCUGGGAGCUAUUCUACUGGCUUCUAAAGUCUGGGAUGAUCAGGCUGUGUGGAAUGUGGAUUAUUGCCAAAUAUUGAAGGACAUUACUGUUGAGGACAUGAAUGAGAUGGAAAGACACUUCUUGGAACUACUGCAGUUUAAUAUCAAUGUUCCUGCCAGUGUUUACGCCAAAUACUACUUCGAUCUUCGCUCCCUAGCAGAUGACAAUAACCUGAGCUUUCUGCUGGAGCCUCUCAGUAAAGAGAGAGCACAGAAACUGGAGGCUAUCUCCCGGCUGUGUGAAGACAAAUACAAAGACUUGUCAAAAGCUGCUAUGAGACGAUCUUUCAGUGCUGAUAACUUAGUUGGUAUUCGCCGUUCUAAUGCCAUCCUCUCCUGAGGAGAGAGAAGGGUGCCGCACCAUGAACCAGCAUCCAUAUGAAUCGGAGGAGUACCACCACUCCAUGCACACAAGCCAGCGGUGAUGGUGUCUUCCAGCAAGAGGAGGAGAGGAGAGUAAACUAGCCAAGGGAGCCCAGAGCUUGAGGAGCAUACUUGGUGCAAAAGACAAGACCUUUGUCAAAUCAACUCUCUCCUCCUUGUAACGUAUCCAGAGGUGCAAAAACAAACUUCUCUCCCCCACAGAUGUUUGCUUACUAUGUAGGCCUAUAGCUGUGAACUCUUGACAUUUUUAAUAAUAAGUAGUUUUAAAUUUUAGAAUUUAAACACUAACCACAUGACUAUAGUUACAAUGUUCUUCCCUCCUCUCCCCUGUCAUCCAGAGUCUCGCUGCAUUUGUAUUUCAGGUCGAUGCAGUGUUAACAAAAACAAAACAUGGGACUCUUAAAGUAUAAAGCCACUCUGGAGCUGAAAACAGUAGCAUAGACACGUGUUGACAGCUUUUCCCUGGUUUGGCUAUUAAAAGCUGCUAUUAUUUGUGAUCUGUUCAUAACCAAGAAGCUGCCCAGCAGGAAGGAAUUCCAACUCU